GUCCCUUCAGAUCCUCCUGCUUCCAAAAAGCCCAAAAUAGAUGACUCUGCUUCCCAAUCUCCAGCUUCUACUGAGAAGGAAAAACAGUCCAGUUGGUUACGGUCCUUAUCCAGUUCAUCUAAUAAGAGUAUUGGCUGUGUCCAUCCCCGCCAGCGUCUCUCAGCUUUCCGGCCCUGGUCCCCUGCUGUAUCGGCAAAUGAGAAGGAGCUCUCAACCCAUCUUCCCGCAUUGAUCCGAGACAGUUUUUACUCCUACAAAAGCUUUGAGAAUGCUGUGGCCCCCAAUGUGGCACUUGCACCUCCAGCCCAACAGAAGAUCGUCAGCAACCCGCCCUGUGCCACAGUAGUAUCACGGAGCAGCGAGCCACUGAGCAGCACUGUCCAGCCACGGAAAAGAAAACUUGCCGCAGAGAACACGGCUAUCCCAGAAGCAGCAGCCACUGUUGCGGCCACUGUUACUGCCACUGAAGAGGAUAAGGAAUCGGAAGCAGAAAUUGAAGUAGAAACCAGGGAAGAAUUCACCUCCUCCUUAUCCUCGCUCUCCUCCCCAUCCUUUACUUCAUCCAGCUCUGCAAAGGACAUGAGCUCACCUGGGAUGCAGGCCCCGGUCACAGUCAGCAGUUCAUACGAGGUUGCAACACAUUCUGACUCUCACAGCAGCGGGUUGGAAGCUGAGCUGGAGCACCUAAGGCAGGCCCUGGACAGCGGCCUAGAUACAAAAGAAGCCAAAGAAAAAUUCCUCCAUGAGGUUGUUAAAAUGAGAGUGAAGCAGGAAGAGAAGCUAAACGCUGCCUUGCAAGCCAAACGCAGUCUACAUCAGGAGCUGGAGUUCCUAAGAGUGGCUAAGAAAGAGAAACUGAGAGAAGCAACGGAGGCGAAGCGCAACUUAAGGAAAGAGAUUGAACGUCUGAGAGCUGAGAAUGAGAAGAAAAUGAAGGAAGCCAAUGAGUCUCGGAUACGACUGAAGAGGGAACUGGAGCAAGCCAGGCAGAUCCGGGUUUGUGACAAGGGCUGCGAAGCAGGCAGGCUCCGGGCCAAGUACUCAGCCCAG